AUGGAAUCUUCGGGCUACAGAGGUCAUUGCCAGAGACCUAUACUAUUUAUGGACAUCGACAAUUGCCUUUAUCCUAGGAACAAGAGAGUGCACGAUAUCAUGCAGGAUCUGAUAGACAAGUUCUUCAUCAAACAUCUUUCCCUGUCUGCCGGAGACGCUUUAAUGCUCCAUCAGAAGUACUAUAAGGAAUAUGGAUUGGCCAUCGAAGGGCUGUACCGUCACCACAAGAUCCAGCCACUAGAAUUCAACCGCGAGGUUGAUGAUGCUUUGCCUUUGGACGAAAUCUUGGAACCAGAUCCCGAGCUUCGUCGCUUACUAGAGAGGUUUGACAAAGACAAGGUCAAGAUGUGGUUGUUCACGAACGCUCAUAUCACGCAUGGCAAGAGGGUUAUUAGACUGCUGGGAGUCGAGGACUGCUUUGAGGGCAUCACGUAUUGCGACUAUACCGCAGAAGAGCUGUUGUGUAAGCCUCGGCCUGAAAUGUUCGAAAAGGCGGAAAGGGAGGCAGGCGCACCAGCAGCGGACCAGUGCUAUUUUGUUGGUAGGUGA